CGCCCUCGUCCCCGCCUUCAGUCUGGCCCGCCGGCCAGGCUGGCCUGGCACCUCCCCGCGAGGCUUGGGCGUAUUACACAACCCAGCCAGAGCCCCUCUUCCCCAACUCUUACCCGCCCGCGGGGGCGGAGCCCGGCCAGGUGCGGGCCCGGGGCGUGGCAGGCGUCGGUGAACGCCAGGUGCGGCUUCCACGUCAAGAUGGCCGCCGCGCGCCGGCCUUUGGCUGCCGGGGCCCGGGUGCUGCGCGUAGCUCUCGGCCUCCUGUGCUGGGCCCCGGCGGCUCUGCACGCCGUCCCCGAGCUCGGCCUCUGGACAGAAACGAUCAAUGAUAAAUCGGGACCUUUGAUAUUUAGGAAAACUAUGUUUAACUCUACUGAGAUCAAGUUUUCUGUUAAGUCUUUCAGUUGUUCCGGGCCUGUGAAGUUCACCAUCGAGUGGUAUUUGAAGUACUAUGUCUGCCACAAUGCGUAUUCUGAUCUGGAAGGGAGGUUCCAAAAACACGAACUUCGCGAUGAUGAAGACUUCUGUGGUGACCUUGAGAACACUGACUGCUGGACAACAAAAAAUGAAAAUUUGGAUUGCAACAGUGAUUUACAGGUGUUUCCUUCAUUGAAUAAUAAAGAUCUAACAAGUAACAGAAAUAUUUCGACCCAGGAAGGAUCAAUGGAUGUUGUAGCAAGAACACAGAGAGAUGGGUUUCAUAUCUUCAUUGUUGCUGUUAAAACGGAAAAAACAGAUGCCAGGUGGAAUUUGAAUGUGUCUCUCUCUAUGGUGGGGCCUCAUGGAUAUAUCUCUGCAUCAGAUUGGCCUCUAAUGAUCUUCUACAUGGUGAUGUGUAUUGUUUAUAUAUUUUACGGUGUGCUCUGGCUGAUGUGGUCUGCCUGUUACUGGAAAGAUAUAUUAAGAAUACAGUUCUGGAUUGCAGCUGUUAUCUUCCUAGGAAUGCUUGAAAAAGCAGUUUUUUAUUCUGAAUAUCAAAACAUCAACAACACUGGCCUGUCAACCCAAGGUCUGUUGAUAUUUGCGGAGUUGAUAUCUGCGAUAAAGAGGACGUUGGCCCGCCUGCUUGUGAUCAUUGUGAGCCUGGGCUAUGGCAUCGUGAAGCCUCGGCUGGGGACAGUCAUGCACCGGGUGAUUGGACUGGGACUGCUUUACUUUAUCUUUGCGGCUAUUGAAGGCGUAAUGAGAGUCAUUGGGGGUUCUAAGCAUUUAGGUGUUGUUUUGGGUGACAUUAUUUUAGCAGUUAUUGACUCCAUUUUUGUGUGGUUCAUUUUUAUAAGUUUGGCACAAACUAUGAAGACUCUAAGACUAAGAAAAAACACAGUAAAAUUUUCCUUAUACAGGCACUUUACAAACACCCUCAUCUUUGCAGUGCUAGCAUCGGUAGUGUUCAUGGUAUGGACAACGAAGACAUUUAGGAUGGCAAAAUGCCAGUCCGACUGGAUGGAACUCUGGGUUGAUGAUGCAUUUUGGAGCUUCCUUUUCUCUCUUAUCCUUAUGGUAAUAAUGUUUCUGUGGAGACCAUCUGCAAAUAAUCAGAGGUACGCCUUCAUGCCCUUAAUAGACGAUUCUGAUGAUGAAGUGGAAGAAUUCAUGGUCACAUCUGAAAAUUUAACUGAAGGAAUAAAAUUAAGAGCCUCAAAAACAGUUUCCAAUGGAACAGCGAAACCUUCUACUUCCGAUAACUUUGAUGAAGAUUUGAAAUGGGUUGAAGAAAAUAUUCCCUCUUCAUUCACAGAUGUAGCUCUUCCAGUGUUAGUGGAUUCAGAUGAGGAAAUUAUGACCAGAUCUGAAAUGGCUGAAAAAAUGUUCUCUUCAGAAAAGAUAAUGUGAUUGGACCGUGUAUAAAUGAAACCAAGUUCACGGUAAAGGACUGUCUUUCCUGAGGCCUGAGAAAGCUUUAUUUUCUCAUAGCAUAGUAAGAUCUUACUAUGUUACCCUGGAAAUCUAUGUACUAAAGUGAAGAAUUCGGGGGGAGGUUCUGCAGUACCCUUGAAGCUGACUUUAAAUUGUCAGUUUAAUGUCCAUUGAGCUGCCUGGAUUUGGAAAGAAUCUGAGAAAAGUGGAGACAGACGCAAGGUGCUUGCUAAUCGGCAGCGGCUGGCCAUGCAUUCGGGUUCUGUCUAUCUCCUCUAGAAAACAUGACAAUUCCAGGAUUUUAAAACACUUACAUAAACAGGCCUGCCAUCCUUCCCACUCAGCUGAGCUAGAUGACAGUGUGAUUCUUCUGCAGUGUGUCAGUGUCUCUGUCUUAGAGAUUUGUAGACACCAGAUGCAAAGAUCAUGUCCUUUGGCUUUUGUCCUGAUGGGACGUAACUCUGGAACCUCAGCUUGUUUACGCUUCAUUUGCCUUUCCUGGGUGGUCUGCACAGUGCCCUUGUCUGUAAAUACUGCUGUGCACACAGGAUUGGGGAGUGAGGGCUUCUCCAACUCAGGGGACACACGUGUACACGCAGAGCAGUCUUGCAGGUCACAUCCAGAGACCUGCUCUGCCGUGGUCCCCACCUCUGGGCUGUGGGUACGUGUGUUGCUACUGUUGCUGCUGCAACUGCCGGGGCUGCAUGGCUCCCCUCAGGUCCCCCUCAGCCAGGAGGGACCUCCACCCUUGGUGAGCCUUGUGGAAACCAGAACUGUCAUUUAUGUCAUCUUGGUGUUUUCCGUUAAGUAAUAAAGACAUAUAUUUAACUGCACAGUAGUACAUCACAGUUAAUUUGUAAUUUAGUAAUUUCCAACCAUGUUUUUACAACUUAUUUUGUUACAGUAUUUUGUAAUUUGUGAUUUGAAAUUUUUUGCUCUUGUAUCUUUUUAAAAAUUCAUACCUUUGUAAACUUGAAAGGCAGGUGAAUGUAGUACGAAAAUGUGAAUGUUUUGCUGCUUUUGUGACCAAAGACAUGGGACUGGUGGGCAUUCGAACCUAAGGAUGGGAGGAACCUUCUUUGGCUUUCUCUGAAGGAGUUGAGUGCGAUUCUAGAGAAUUUUUGACAAAACAAAAUCAUAAGCUAUUGAACACUUAAAAUAUAAUUUUUUCCCUGUGAAUCUACAAAACUUAAUUAUUUACUUUCUUCCUGAAGCCUACUUUUUUGGUUAUUUACUUGCAUGUUUAAUGAAGUUAGUAAAGCUUUAUUUCUAGUGGUAAUGACUCAUGAAAACUACUUGCAGAUGUGUUUUCCGUAGUGAACAUCUGGCCAGGGCUGGGAGUGGCUCUGGGGAAAGGUAGACCUGGUUCUCCGGACGCCGUUGCCCUGGGCCAGGCUUGCCGGGAGAAAGUUGUCUCCCUAGCAGUUUGGGUUCCAUUCCCGACAGUGGUCCCCGCCUGUCCGCUCCUGCCCAGCCGUGUGUCGGUGCUCGUUUGGACAUUUUCUGCCUCUCACCCCGCUGUUUUAGGCCAGAGGCGCCCGCUGGCUUCUUUGUCUGAUCCUCCAACCCUGUAGUUGGAACAUGUCCAGCCCCAGCUCUGCUCAGUGUGGAGCCCCAGGCUUGUGGCCGCAGGGGCUAUGGAUUUAGUGGGGUGGGGAUGAGGGUUGAUUGCAUGGGUGAUGCUAAGGGAAGCUGCCUGUCAGAACCUCAGCAGUGUUUAAAAACUGCUCUCAGCCAUGGGAAGAUAAAUGAGGUUACCUGUGUGAUAGCUGCCAGCCAAAAUGCCACCCUUCUCUCUUUCCAAGGAAAGCAGGGUCUCCUAGUCACCUCCUCGGAAAUGGUCUUAGAAGGGCUUGUGCUUGCCUUGUUUUGUGUCACCUGCUGAGGUCUGAGGACUUGAGCUGAGUGUUCCUCUCAGCCUUCAUAGCCCUACGUGUAAACAGAACACUGCUCCAGCACCACUGCUGCAGGCCACCUGCAGAACGUGAGCUGCCCGCCUCGGUGUGGGCUUUCCAGACCUGUGAUCCAGGUGCUCAUGGCAGCUCACCAGGGUGGGCCUCCCUACUGCUGCAGGCUUUGAGGGUACAGGUCCAGUGUUACGUGUGUUUAGGCAGAAUGCUUAAGCAUUCUUGUCCUCCAGUCUGUGUUAGAUUUAUAUAAUGUGUGAAGUUUGCUUAAGAGGAAAUUUCAUAAUUCAUUUAGAUUAAUAUUUUCUUUGAAGCACAGUUUAUUUCAGAAUUAAGGAAAAGUAGAUGACUGUUUUAAAUCUCAGAGAUGUUAAGAUAUUCUCAUACUUUUCCUGUAAAGAAAAUAAUUUUAUUUGUCAUAUACUAUAGAAUACCAGUUUUGCUAUCUGUAUUACAGUACAUAUGUUUGCACUCCUAUAAUGUCAGUACUGAAAGUAUUAAAAUGUAUAUAUGAUGUUGAUCUUUAUAUUCUUCGAAAGAGCCUUGGGUCUGUUUCACAAGCUCUACACUAUUAAGGUGGAGAGCUGUUUGCUAGAUUUAUGUAUCUAGUUCUGGUCCUCUUGUCUUUGUAUGAUCAACAGCAUGCAGGAAGCAAUACAAACACCAGGCCUUAUCCUUAGGAGAAAUAAGUCUAACAAAUGGUUAAAGUUGUGAACAUACCAAAUGUAUAUAUAGGUAACAGAAGUAGAAUUUAAAAGUAUAUAUUAUAACAUAGGAACUCAGUACUACAUUACACUUUAGAAUCAGGAAAACACUUAUUUGAAGAGAAAAUAUAGUGACUUAAAAAGUUGUAUUUUUUAUUUAAGAAGGCUAAAUUAUAAUUUAGAAUAAGUUUCUUUGAAUGAUUUUUUUGAAAAAGUGAUGUAUUUUUGUGCCUUAAUAUUUGUUUUACUUUUAAUAAAAUGCUUUGUGAGA